AUGCCGAGAUCAAAGCCCUCUCGAAUCUGCUUCGGUAUAGCGGCCAGGUACGGCGCGACGUGCGCGACCUUUGCGAGUGCCUUAAUUUUGGCUUCGGACGCACCAGCAUCGAGCGGCGUAACAAUCUUGUACAUCGCAUCAUGGAACGAGUCGACUUCGCGAGCCAUGAUUCGCAUGCGAGCGGAAGUUUCGGGCGCUGGCGACGAGCCCGGCGCGGGCAUUGAAGACACGAACGGGACGUCUCCUUUCGGUUAG